AUGGCAAGUUUAAAAUCGCCAGGGUUGAUUUCAGAGUCAGCUUUAGAAGUCAGUUAUAGGCGCGAUACAAUUGAAAAUAAAUUCGCAUUGCUGAAAUCAAAUGAGCCUAAGCCAGAAAGUACUGUGAUUUAUGCUCAUUUCUUUAAACCCAAAUUAUUUUUCAUAAUAAUUAUCUUAUUUUUUAAGAAAUUAUUUAAUUAAUUCCAUUGAAAAAAUCAUUUUGUUUUUAUAAUAUUAUAUUACAAAACUGAAGUAAAAUCGGUAGUUAUGACUAGUGAUGAGAAAUAUAUUGCUGCUGGAUUAGCUGAUGGGAGCAUCAUGGUCAUGAAUAUUGAAGAAACUAACGAAGAUAUUGAGCAUGAAAUAAUGCUAGCUGGGCAUAAAGACGAAGUUAAAUGCAUGUGCAUCUCACAUGAUGAUAAAAUUUUAAUUUCAGGUAGUUAUGACUGCACAAUCAGAAUUUGAAAUAUUGAAGACAAAAUUGAAGAAACCUUAUUUAAUCAGCAUGAAGACAAAAUUCUCGCCUUAGCACUAUCUUUUGAUAACAAAAAACUGCUGUCUUCAAGCAUGGAUUCUUCAGUCAUUAUUUGGAAUUUAGUAGCAAGAUCGUCAGAAUAUGUUAUAAACAAUUUAGGAGCAAAUAUAUAUACAAUUGGACUGUCAAAUAAUGGGAAAUUAGCAUUAUUUGGAGGUAGUAGCCAAAAUAUCAUAGUUUGGGAUUUAGAUGAAAAUUUUAAAAAAAAUCAGCUAGUCGGUCACAAUUGACCGAUUUUAAGCAUCACGCUGACUUCAGACUCAAAAUGAGCAAUAUCGAGUGGAAUGGAUAAAACAAUACGAUUAUGGGACUUAACAAAAAUGAGGGAAGAAAAAAUUCUUGCAGAGUGCUCAGAUACAAUAAAUUCACUAUCUGUAACUCAUGAUAAUUUGUAUGUAAUUUAUGGAGGACAUGAUGGAGUUGUAGGCAUUCUUAGUCUUAAAACUUAUCAAGAAAUUCUGAUAACAGCUCAUAGUGCCUCAAUCUCUUCAAUUUAUAUACUCCUCCCUCUUUUAAAUUGGAAGAAAAAAUCUUGUUUCAUUUAAUUUUUUUUAUUAAAAAUUAAAUUGAACGUAUUUUUUUUCGAAUUUUAAUUUAUUUUAUUAGGAAUUAAGCAAAAAAUUGAUGAGAACUGUUUAGAUAUUAUUCUAUUUCAAUUUUUAGGUCAAAACAAAUUUAAUAAUUAGUAUUUUCACCCUAUAAAAUUUUAUUUAUGAAAAUUUUUCAUUUAAAGCAGGUUUAAAAUACCCAAAAAUGGAAAUUUACCUUUUCCAAUGGGGAAGUAAGCAAAACCUCAAAAUACAUGAUAAGUGGCUCAAAUGACAAAAAGGUAAGGAUUUGUAAGCUUUCUGAGUAUCCAGACGAGAUUAAGCACUCAGGCCACGAUGGCAGGAUAUAUUCAAUAGCUACUUCAUCUGACUCUAAUUACAUGGCUACAGCCAGUGACGAUUCCAAAAUUAUUUUAUGAAAAAUAAAUUCCCCUGAUUUUGAAGGAAUUUUAGAAGGCCAUGAUGGUCCUGUUCAUAGUGUUGUUUAUACUUCUGAUGGAAGCAGAUGCAUAUCUGGGAGCCAAGACCAAACUAUUAGGAUAUGAGAUCUUUUUACAGCAAAAGAAGAAAUGAUAUUAAGAGGUCAUGAUGAAGGGAUUCUGUCAUUAUGCUUAAGCUCUGAUGAUAAAUGUACGCAAUUACAAUAAAUGAAAUCAAUUUAUUAUAUUUUUUAAUAUAAAAUUUGGCUAAUAGCUUUUUUUUCUAUUCUUUCCAAUUGGUUUUAUAUAAUUUCAGGAUCAAUCGAUAAAGCAAUAAAAAUUUGAAAAAUUGAUGAUGGCUCAUGUAUAGCUACUUUUAAAGGGCAUGAGCACAAAAUUACUUCAAUUUGCAUUUCUACUGAUAAUCUAAAAAUCUACUCUGGAAGUAAAGAUAAAACUAUCAGAUGCUGAAGCUUUUUGGAUUCAAAAGAAAUAAGUUUAAUGUAUGGGCAUGAAGAUGAAGUUACUUGCUUGUGCCUGUCAUCAAAUAAUAAAAGGCUGAUUUCUGGAGGUCUUGAUGGGACUAUGAGAAUAUGAAAUACCAAAUUAUAUUACCAAGAAGGAAUUAUUAUAGAUGAUGACAAAAUGAUCAAUAAAAUGCUUAUCAGCGCAGACGAUAGGUUUUUAUUCACACAAGUUGACAGAAGAUACAUAAAAAUGUGGUCAAUACCAGAUAGACAAAUUUUAGCAAUUUUAUAUGAAUUCAAAGACAUCCUAUCACUAGCACUUACACCAGAUAACGAAUGGCUUAUAAUUAGCACAAAGCAGCAUGUAAAAGCUUUUAAAAGUCCAAUAUCAAAUCAAAAUCAAAAUACAGUAAUCCCUUACAAGUAUUCAUUUAUUUUUCGGUCUUUUAUAUAUGGUCUAUUAAAUUAUAGAAGCAUUUCUCCCAUUUCAGAUUUUUAUAAUUACGUGAUUUCUCCAUGGUGCAUUACAGCUCUUCAUGUAUUUGCCCAGCUGAACCUAUCAAAACUUCUAGAGGAUUCUAUUAGUGCAAAUGGAAAAUUUAUUGCCUGCGCCACAGGAGAAACUCCUCUUUCGAUAUCAUUAAAUAAAAAAAGCAAACUUUGUGCAGAAAUCAUAAUAAAAUUAUUCCCAAUUAUUUUCAAAAAUAACCAGUCAGCUUUUGAAUAUUUAAGAGAAACUUUACCAUUAUUAAAUAAGAGCAGCUUGCCUUCACUAAUUGUGCUGUAUAACUCAGCGUUUCCAGUCGUCCAUUAUCAAUACUUACCUACAUUUGGAAGUUUAUUAGAAUAUCCGCCUACGAUAAAGCUAUAGUGCUUUCCCGAGGAUGGCGCGGAAUGGCGCCAUCCUCGGGAAAGUCAACUAAGCAUCCACACGGGAACUGGGGAGUUCCACGUGUGGAUGCCAUUUUUGACAUGUGGGAUCCAAACUUCCACAUGUCAAAAUGGCAUCCACACGUGGAACUCCCAGUUCCCGUGUGGAUGCCUUCCUGGCUUUCCCGAGGAUGGCGCCAUUCCGCGCCAUCCUCGGGAAAGCGCUAUAUCAAAAACUCCACAUAUUGACCCUUCACAAUUUGUCCAUCAAAAGCAAGAAAUGUCUAAUAUGCUUUUUACAGACUAUGGGCUUGAAUGGCGACAAAGCUUAUUUUCCUUAAAUUUAUCAAUGGGAGACAAAAAAUCAAUUAAAUUAGUAAGGUCUAUUUUAAAAUGCAAGCAAACAGAAAUAUAUAGAACAGAGUUCAUUAAGUCACUAUUAGCCUUUAAAUGACAGCAAAUACGUCAUAUUAUGUGGAUCCAAGCUAUAGUCUACUCCUGUUUGCUGCUUAUUUUGUUUAUUCACUCAGUUGUUGUCCGAGAUGAUAUAGUCACAUUAAUUUUAAUUUUGAUUUUUAAUUCCCUGAUGCUUUUAUAUGAAAUUAUUCAGUCAAAUGAAAGCGUGGGGUCUUAUAUUCGAGAAUUUUGGAAUAUUUUAGAUAUGAUGAGGAUAUGCUUAAUGUAUAUGUAUCCUAUAUCAGUUUUUGCAGACGCUGACAGGCUGACAAAAGAUGCGAUGUUAGCUAUUUUAAAUAUUGUGGCUUGGGUUAGAUUUGUUGGGUAUUUUCGCAUGUUUGAUAGCACAAGGUAUAUGAUAAAAAUCCUUAUGGAAGUUGUGGAAUAUCUUAAACCGUUUUUUGUGGUACUUUUUAUAGCUAUUUUGGCACAAACUACAGCGCUUUAUACAGAUUCUGAAAACCCAGAGAAGUUUAAAGACACGUGGCUAGAUGCUUAUGCAAACGCAUAUGGGAAUUUUGUGAAUUAUUCGUUGGACUUGCAAAUUGUUAUUUUUGUUUUUACGAGUCUGUUUAUAACGCUGGUUUUGCUGAGCGCACUUGUGGCUUUAUUAACAUAUACGUUGGAGAAAUUAUCUGAUGAACAUGAUAUAGCUGAUCAGCAGGAAAAAGCAGAAAUUAUAUUGGAAUAUGAUACAAUACAUAUUAAAGGAAGGCACAAAGGGAAAAAUAUGUAUUUACAACAGUGCGGGAUUUCGAUUGGAAAGCAUGAAGAGCAUAAAACUGCAGCAAUUAAUCUAUAUAAGAAAAACAUUGAAAAAAGGUCACAAAUGCUUAGCAAAUGCUUCGAUUUAGUUGAGAAAAAUACAAAUAGAUUAGAAAAGAAAAUGAAAAAGAGGGAAAUUUUAAAAAAAUACGUCGCUGAAUUUUCAAAAGAAAUUUUAAAUCUGAGAGCAACUUUUCAAAAAGAAAUUGAUGAAUUUAGAGCAAGUAUGGAAAAUUUUAAAAAUGACUUGAGCAAUAGGAAAACAUUUAUUAAAUAA